GGAAGGAAAUUCCCAAACCAAAGAGGCUCCGGCACUGCAGGCAGCAUCAGCCAUGGUCGCGGCCGCCACCACCUCCACCUCUGCCUCCCACUCCGACUGAAAACCCUAGCCAACCCUAGCAGGAUGGCGUUCGCGCCGCCGCGCCUCCUGCCCCUCCCCGCGCCGGCGCCCGCCCGCUGCGCCGUCUCCGCGCGCCACCACGGGGGCCGCACGGCCCCGGAGCUCUCGGGCCCCACCCCGCGGGUCGUCGUCGUCACGUCCGGCAAGGGCGGCGUCGGCAAGACCACCACAACAGCCAACCUCGCCGCCUCCCUCGCGCGCCUCUCCCUCCCCGCCGUCGCCGUCGACGCCGACGCCGGCCUGCGCAACCUCGACCUCCUGCUCGGCCUCGAGAACCGCGUCCACCUCACCGCAGCCGACGUCCUCGCCGGGGACUGCCGCCUCGACCAGGCGCUCGUCCGACACCGCGCGCUCCAGGACCUCCACCUCCUCUGCCUCUCCAAGCCCCGGUCCAAGCUGCCCCUCGCCUUCGGAUCCAAGACCCUCACCUGGGUCGCCGACGCGCUACGACGCGCGCCCAACCCGCCCGCAUUCAUCCUCAUCGACUGCCCCGCAGGUGUUGAUGCCGGGUUUGUCACUGCCAUUGCCCCUGCGGAAGAAGCAGUGCUGGUGACUACCCCUGACAUUACAGCUCUCCGUGAUGCUGACCGUGUCGCGGGGCUGUUGGAAUGCGACGGCAUUAAAGACAUCAAGAUCAUUGUGAACCGAGUGCGACCAGACCUGGUGAAGGGGGAGGACAUGAUGUCAGCGCUUGAUGUGCAAGAAAUGCUCGGGUUGCCCUUGCUAGGUGUGGUGCCAGAGGACACGGAGGUCAUCCGAAGCACAAAUAGGGGUGUGCCGUUGGUUCUCAACGACCCGCCUACACCAGCUGGCCUUGCUCUGGAGCAGGCCACCUGGCGAUUGGUAGAAAGAGAUGCGAUGACAGCAGUCAUGGUUGAGGAGCAGGAGAGACCCAAGAAGAAAGGUGGCUUCUUUUCAUUCUUCAAGUAGGUGAGCAUUGAGUUCAACUGUGGAGUUUAUUUAGGCUGUAGAUGCUGUACAGGCUCGCAAUCUGGAGUUUACAGAUUGUUUUUUAUUUGCUUCAUUCUAGGGUAGAAUGAUUCAUAGUUCACGCUUGAGUAGAAGAAACGUGCAUGUAAUUUUGGCUGCUUCAAUUGUUGGAAUUUGGUUCCGAGUGACAUCAAGAAAAACUAAACUUGCUUGUUGCCGUUCUAGUGAUGAUAUAAAUGUUCUCUGUGUUCCUUGUAAUUUUA